CAAAUAGGGGUAUAGAAUUCGGCAAGCUUUUUUAAACAAAAGGAAUCAGAUCUUAGUAUUGAAGUCUUUAGACAGUGAUUACAACCAGAGUUUGAUUAGCUAAUGGAUUUUAAAGUAAUUAGAACUUUGGGUCACAGAACGAUACUUUUAUAAUUGAUUUAAGAACUAGCUUGUUCAUUCAGAAGUUAGUUUGGACCAGACUUGGGUAGGAGAAACGUCGAUUUUGUGGUCAUUGUGGUUUCACUGUGGUAAAAGUGUUGUGGUCGUAGAAAAUAAAAAAAAUAACAUUAUUGUUUGAAUAAAUCAAAGAGAUUAAAAUAUUGAUCUAGCAAGCUUAUUUCUUGCUGAUUUUGAAAGGAAAUGCCAUUUACACAAAAAAUGGUUUCGAGCGAUAAUUUUGUUGAUUAAGAAACGGUUCUGUCUUAAUCACGCGUGAGAAGAGAAGCCACGGUUCAUACGUGCACGAAAUUCUUGAGCGCUGACGCCUUCUGUGGUUCAUGAAUAAGUUGCAGCACAGCAGUUGCAGCUCAUCUGAUUAAUGAAGGAUACAUAGUUUCUUUACCUUAACAUUAUAAAUCUCUCGGACUCCCGGCUGCUUUGUGAAAUAUAACCAUUACUUUGGAAGUGAUCACUGAAUAGAAAGGAUAACACUUAGCUGUUUAUUUAUAUUAUCACGUUAACGAAGUUUGGAAAUAAAUUUAAACUGGAACUAUGCAUUUCUUAUUUGGAAAUGGUGGAUUUUAUGCGAACUUGGUAGGACUCUUGUGCGGACUUAUCGUGGUCAUCUCGGACCUGACCUAUUAUGUUAAAGGCCAAAGGUCAACGCAGUGGUCAGAUGGCGAUUUAAGGCUGGUCGGAGGGCGGACAGAGUAUGAGGGGACGGUCCUUAUUUUCCACUGGUCCCGCUGGGGAGCCAUCUGUGACGACUACUGGGAUAUCCGUGACGCCAAUGUCGUCUGCAACGAGCUGGGUUUCGCGGGCGCAAAAGAAGCACCGAGACGAUCAAGAUUCGGAAAAGGCAGACGUCGGGUUUGGUUGUCGGGACUUCGUUGUCGUGGUAACGAACAACACCUGACUAUGUGUUAUUCUCGGGGCUGGGGCACAUCAAUCCGUCGUUGUACCGACUAUAAAUCGUCGGCUGGUGUCGUCUGCAAUCAACGGACAAGACACAAUCACCAUCGGGAAGAAUCGAACCUGAGUAACGACCAGGCAUCUCCUUCAGUGCCAGAACGGGAAGAGCGGCCUGGGCUGACAGACGAGACACAGAUGUCAACAAAACGGCCAAGAACAACAACGAGAAAACCACCAGCGACGACGAAAAAAACAACAACAACGACAACAAAACCAACAACGACUACUAGAAAAACUACAACCUCGCGCCCCACAACGCCACCGACAACACAAACAACGACAGUCACUACCACAACGAGUAAACCGACAACAACAACAACACCAUCAACAACAACAAAACCCACCACAUCAACGACUAAGAAAGUGACUACAAAAAGAACUACAACUACCGCAAAACCCAAGACAGACUCCCCGCCGACGACGACGCCGCGGGUUUACAACCAAUGGGUCUACAACCAGGAGAUGUGGCGCUGGUAUUUCUACCGCCGUGACGGUUCAGUCAUCACAUCCAGACCCGACGCAAGGUAUUAUAAUCAACGGAAUACCACAACCUCCUCUACAACAACCACCACAACCACAACUCGCCGCCCGCCACCCCUUCCCCUUGACAACAGUAUAUAUGACAAUAAUCGCCAUGACGACGCGUAUAACUCCAUAGAUAACAAUCCCUUGUUUAACACAGUGGGUGGGGAAAACGAAAACGAACUACUGCAAGACAUUAGGAGACACCCUUCCAGCGGACAGAGCAUUUACCACAACAGUAUAAAGGAGGGAUACGUCCAGGACGCGCCUUUGGAGUUUAGUGAUGACGACAUUGACAACGUCAUCGAGCCAAUAACUACGCUCGCUCCCGCCGCUCCGCAAGUCACCGCGCCAAGCUACUCAGAGUUCCGGUUGGCUGGCGGGCGGGACUACAGGGGCUACAAGGAAGGGCGGCUGGAGGUCAGAUUAGCCGGAAGUGACGUUUGGGGUGUCGUCUGCGGGGACGCAUGGAACUUCCGGUCUGCCAUUGUUACGUGCAGACACUUUGGGGACGGCUAUGCAAGGACUGCACAUAAGACAAACCACUAUGGCGGCUCGAACAUGGACAAAGUACUGGCGGAAAUCGUCUGCACCGGAAGAGAGGAGCGCCUGGAAGACUGUAGGUUUCUGACAACCGAGAUGACGCCUGGCAAAGCGGCUUGCUCCAACGCGCAGUCCGUCGCCGGCGUUAUUUGUGACACAAGGCUGCCGGACCUGCAGCCGGACCUGAAGGCUGUCCAGGAGUCCGCCUUCCUCUCAGACCGCUAUCUCUACUACCUCCAGUGCGCAUACGAGGAAGGAUGCCUCUCCUCCACCGCCAAUGACAUGUACGGAACUAACAGUUGGCAAUACGCGAAGCGUCGUCUGCUUCACUUCUCCACGAUCGCUAAGAACAUCGGGAAGGCUGACUUCCGGCCAGACGUGGACCGAUCACAGUGGGAGUGGCACGCAUGCCACCAGCACUACCAUAGUAUGGAGGCUUUCUCCCAUUACGACAUCAUAGACUCGCAUGGGAACCAGAUUGCGGAGGGCCACAAGGCGAGUUUCUGUCUCGAGGAUUCCGCCUGCGAGAGGGGCGUCAAUCCGAAGUACAACUGCAAUGGGUUCGGACACCAAGGCAUUUCGGUUGGUUGCCAGGACAGUUACCUUGCCGAUAUAGACUGUCAGUGGAUAGACGUCACCGAUGUCAAACCCGGCAUGUACACGCUCAAGAUUGAGCUCAACCCCAACAUGAAUGUUCCGGAGAUUUCAUAUGAAAACAACGUGGCAAGAUGUAACCUGUAUUUCAACUCUAUACAAGCGAGGGUUUAUAACUGUUCGAUGGACUCACUGUUAUAGUAUCCGAUCACCUCCCAACCCUAGUGAUAAAUCUGAAACAAAGAUGUGAUAUUUGUGCAACGACGGUGAUAUUUUAUUGAACAGCACCACGGGGCCAAGGUUAUAGCUAUUCGGCCAAUGGGGGAACACGGAGAAUGAAAUGUUUUGUUGGUUAAAAUGGAUAUUGUCACGUUUUCUCUGUGAAUAUUCUGAAUUCCUCAGGCGUUUAUAGAUUACUUGUUUCCAAAUUUAAGCGAAAAUUCCAGUUCGAUUUGGGAAGUGUUACAUCAUCAUUAUAAGCCAAUUUGCGCUAGACAGAGCGCAAUUAGGCAGCCAGCGGUAAAUAUCUGCCAGGUUCCAACCACCCACAACAUGCCAAGACCCACUGAGUCACGUUAAAGGCACACAUUGUCCCCUUAGUGCAAGAACUCAAUAACUGCUUCUAUUUUUAUAUGCAGUUAUUGAGUUAUUGCACUAAGGGGACAACAUAAUCUGCUUAUGUGUAUUCGGUUUUAGUUAUAAAUCAUAAAAACAAUUACGUGUUGCACUAUCCAGAUCUCUUGAACACUUCUAAUUAACUUCUUGUUUAUAGCAAAGCACGUCGAAUGGUUCAACAGUAUGUUUAAAUAACCUUUUUACAAAUUCUCCCAAUUUGUUUUUUUAUAAAGCUUUAAAGGGACUCGCUCAUGUCUUUGUAAAAUUCACUUUUUUUUCUUUUUAUGACGAAAUAAAGUGUGGCAAAUCGUAAGUAGUGUUAUAACUAAGAUAACGAAAGCUGGAACCCUUCAGCAAAUGAUUAUAUUUGCUUUAUCAUUGUCUUUAAAGAUAACAAUUUACAUUAAGUAUUAACAAUGCAAUGCUGUUUUCUUUCUUUUUCUUCACUUUACCGCACCCCACUAAAAAAAAUGUUUUUUAAACUCUGAUUUAUUUUUUUGCAAUUUCGAUAUCAUGGAGUAAACUAAAUACAUAAAAAGGUGUGUUUAGAUGCAUUACCCGGAAAACUCAUUUUUGAUCCGAAAAUAUGAGCGAAUUCCUUUAAGCAAGGUUCUGUCACUGUGGUUUAGCGGGAUUAACCUGCCUAAAGACCCAGGUUCGAUCCCUUGUGCCGGCACAAUAUGAAUGGAAAUGAAUCUUAUUUUUUAAAUUUCUUUUUUGUAAAUAUGUUUAUAAAAUUAAGUUUAUGUUACAAAAUAUCAUAUUGAUAUUUGUUUUAAGAUAUAUUUUUCAUUAACCAAUCAGCAUUUCAGUUAAUGUGCCUUUAACAAUGCUAAGUAAAAAGUGAUUUUAGACCUGUUUGGAAAGCUAGUGCAGCUCCUGUAUUUUAUAUGCAUAGAGAGAGGGGGGGUUAAAGUAGAUGUAAAGCGGAUUGAUAAUCAUAGCAAAAACAAUCAUAAAAAGAGGGAGAUGGGUGAUUUUGGUUUGAUUAAAUUGAUUUCGGAUUAAUAAUCAUAACCUCGAACAAUAUUAAUUAAAGGGACUAGACACCAGAUGGUCCCCAAAUCGGUAAAUACAGUAUUUCCUUAAGACAAGAAUUGAAAAUUCUUGGCUUCUUUAUAGAAAAUACUGUAUACCUCAUGCAUAUUCAUUAUAACGAGAUUCUGUCAUUCAAUUGUCCCACGGUAUGAAUGAAGUGUAACGGAAGAAAGUUCCGUGGUUGCCGACGAUGAGUACAAGAUGUUCAUCAUGUUUUGCUUGUUGAUAGUGUUAUAUAUCUGAGAUGAGUUAGCUUGUUGAUUGUUUCAUUAUGGCCAGUCCUCAAAAGUGGCACCUCCAACAAUCCGAUUAUCAAUACAAAUUAUACUGAGGUCUUAUUACAUUCGAAAUCUGUUGGCUCGAUAUCCCAGGGAGCGGCCACAAUACUUCGAGCCUCGAAAAUAUCGAGCCAAGCGGGAAUGUUCACUUAAAUUAAAAAAGUCUGUUCUUUACAUCCUUUUCGAGCAAACGAGGAUAGCGAGCCAAGCGAUAUCGAGCCAACGGGUUUCGACAUGUAUUUUUAUAUCUGCUGAUACCACAGGUCACUCAGAUAAUUUUGAUGACACAAAAUGAAAGCAAAACGUUCGUUUUUAACGAUAUUUUAUAAUGAAAACUUGAAUGAUCAACGUACUGAGGGGGAUAUUUGUUGGACAUUUUUCUUGAUCUUUCUUAAGAAUCAAUUCAGAGACGUAUUGAUUAAAAUUAUCGGUGGAACUGCUGCUUUUCCUGCAAUUUAAAAAAACGGUUUUCAUUUAUUUUUUCGAUUUUUAUUCUUUUUUUCUGUCUUUUUGAUGUUUGAUUUUUCAUUUGCUUGUACAAUCACAUCCAUCAGAUAACUGUAAUAUGUGUGCAUUUCGUGCGUGAAUUAAAUGAAUGAGCUUUGAAAAAAAAAAUUCCAUCAAUUAUAAUAUUAAUAUUUAGUAAUUUAUUACUUUUUAUAAUAAAUGAUUAUCUAACGUGA